CGAAAAAGCACCAUGAUGGAGAGGGGCUYUCGUUAUUUCAAAUUUCCCUCUCGUUCAAAUCCCAAAUCCAAGCAGACUUUCAUUCACGGUUUGCUCCCAAAAUGCUUGGAUCGCACAGCGAUUGUAAUGAGUUUCCGUAUCUUGGGUGAUCGAAAUAAAACGAAUUGUUUUUGGGGAAUCGAGCAAGGUGUCAUUCAAUACGAUUUGGCGUUCCAAAAAAGGGCGCUGAGAGGGUGUGCGUUUUUUCAUUCGCCCUCGAGUGGUCAGCAUAUCUACGUAAGCCGUAAUGGCGAUCAAGAUGGCCAUUGCCAACUAAACCUAAAGGUUCUUCGAUAUUCUGAAGGCCCAAGACACUGAGAACUGUGUGUUCUUUAUGGAAGAAAUUCGACUAAGUUCUGGCCUUGUUGAUUUGARUAAUACGAGAAAGCUGGAUCGAACCGAUGUUCUCGUCAAGAAAGAACCAGGAAUCGACGGAAUGUUUGAAGGGAAAAACAUCCAUUCUUCACCGAUAGAUGGCAAGCUACUUUGUAGCUACAGCGAAAAACUUUGCAAGCAAAGAAGAUUGAAUGGCUACGCUUUCUGUAUCCGUCAUGUUUUAGAGGACAAAAAUGCCCCGUUUAAACAGUGCCAGUACGUUGCUAAAUACAAUGGACAACAGUGUACGAACCCUAUACCUUUUCCCGAGGAUAGAAUAUAUUGUAAUAGUCAUUUACAAGUUCUAGGUCUAGUUCCGAAGAAAACUAGACGGAAAAAAGCGAGUGAAAGCCAUGAUCAUGUCGACAAAGAAUCGACAGUAAACUCCAUGCGUGAUACCCCGACUCGAGCAGAUGUCUCUUCGAUUCAUAGCUCUCAAGACAUGGCUUUCGUCUCGCCUGUAACUCUACCACAUCGACACAAGAAACACAAGACUCGACCUCCUAAAAUACACCCAGAUAUUCCCGCUAUUACUGAGUUAAAAGCCUGUUUGGAAAUGUCGAAACGCGACCGAGAAGAUUUAUUCAGUAGCUACGGAAUUGACAGCUCUGACAGUGAUAGUAGUGAUAAUGAGAGUAUUCCAUGGCAACAAGUGUGGCUGCCCAAUGACAGCCACCUUAAUGGUACAACAUCUACUGAAAAUGAAUGUAUAACAGAUAGCCCAAAAAACAUGAUGGAGUCAAGAACAGCUAAGAUCUCUAGACUAAGUGCAAGGCUAAGGAGAGAACUUCACCAAUUAAAACGUACAUUAAGAGCCCACCGUUACCACCACCCACGAUUACUAUCAACAGCUACUGCGCUACUAAAAGCAGCACAAACAGAUGUGCCUGCAUCUGUGGAUUCAGUGGUUGAAAACACAAGAAUGAGAAGUUCUCCUCCAACAUGUGUUGUCAAGAAGUGUGCUUUUGUCUCUGAUGGUGUAGCUUGCAUACAGAAUGCAAUGCCUUACACUAAAUUCUGCAGUAACCACAUCAUUAAUGAUUCAGUUCAAGUGCUGUAUUCUCAGUGCACUGCAAAAUGGCCUGGAGGUUUACAGUGCUCAGUCCCUGUCUUUGAUAUUGUUCAUGAAAGAGCACUUUGUGAAGAGCAUGCGAGAAAAAAGGAUAAGUUUCAGGAAGCUCAAGCAGCAGCAGCAGCAGAGUCAAGCAAACAACAAACCAAGAAACCAAGAAAAAAGCCACAAUCUAAAACCACCACUGCUGAAACCAAAACUACCGUCAAACAGGCUAAAAAGUCAUCCAACAAAAAACCCACUCCAAGGCCCAGUAAGUCAAGACCUGCUAAAGACUUGGCUAAAUCAAGCCCUCUUAAUAGUACAUUCAGUCCGAGUAGUACUACUCCUGUGUUUUCUCCUUCAUUAGACAUGCAGAUGUCAUCAGACUAUUCACAUACUAGUGAGCAAUCCCCUGAAUCUCCAAAACUGGGAGACUUGUCACAGUUUGAUUCAUCUCUUUUUGAGCCGCAACAACAGGAUCAUUUGUUACUGCCAGAAAUGUGUGACGAGGAUCUUUCAAAUAAUUUAUCUACUUUGCCAAAUGGUGUUUCACCAGAGGAAAAGCUAUUCGACAUUGAUAUAAAGAAGAACGGCUCUGAAAAGACAGGCAUUUGGUUGCCUUCUUCAGUACGAACUUCUGUUAUUACCCCAACAGAAAAUCACAAAAGUGACUCUUUACUCAAUUCCAAUCAUUUGGUUUCACCUGUGAAAGCUGUGGUGAAUAAAUCAAAAAUAUCACUCUUAAACAGUCACAAAAAGAUAAACAAAGUUACAAAAACUAAAAAGGUAACAAAGACCAAGCCAUUGAAUUCUGUGGGAGGAGGAAUCCUCUCCCCGACACUAUUGCAACAUAGUACUCUGAGUAACGGAUGUAAAGGAAUGUCCAAUCACAUGACAUUAAUCGAUGACCCAAUGUUUUCAUCACCACAAGAAAUCUUGGGUGGAAGUGACAUUAAAUCUCAUGGAAAUGGAUUACCUUCUGAACAAUUAUCGCAUUCUGAAAUGACUAUGGAAUCGGCCUUGUCGUCUCCACAAAAAUCAUGGCACUCUGUUAAUUCCACCAAUGGCAAUACUUACACAUCACCUCUUAAUUCCCAGAACAGCCUCUCUAGGAUUGGGACAUCUCCAUUCUCUCAGGCGUCACUCUCUUCACUGUCACCUCAUCUUUCUCCUCAUUCAUCACAUAGCAAUGUCUUUACAUUUGAUCGUACACCUCAUUAUCAACAGAGUAACAUUUUAUCGCCAACUUUAAGUCCAGUCAGCCCAUCAUAUCUUCAAAAUAACUCAGUUAAACAUUCAGUGUACCAACAACGGGAUCUUGAUCCAUCAAGAAGUGACGACCCCUUUCUCACUUCAGUAGAGGAUCAGCUGUUACUUGGAUCUCACUUUCAUCAGAAUUCAGACACUUCUCUAGGAGAUUUGAGAUUAAGAUGAACUUGAUGAUUUAUCUAGUAUUUAAAGGUGGUCAUCAUUGGAAAUCUCCAUGCAAAAAAGGAUAAAAAGUUUUUGUUUGCCCACUUUCAUUUUCUUAGUUGAGUGAUUGUCACACAGUAGUAAAAUCAGUCCAAUGUUCUUGACAACUGUUGCCAAGCAACAGCAGAAAAAUGGUGAAAAAUUGAGAAUAAUCAAGUAGGUAAUAAUAACCUCUCAAGGGAAUGUACAAGAAAAAACGUCUGCACAGGCAGGCUAGGGCAUGGACACCAGGUGCAACUGUUAUAUAUGGUGCUGCAAACAAAACAAAAAAAAGAAAGUCGUACCAUUUGUUCACUUCAACAUGUACAAUGUUCUGCAUAUACAAUAUUCUACAUAAUACACUAUUGCCAGCAAUUUCAAAAGAAUUUCAUCAUGUAGCUACGCCUCCAACAUUACUGGAAACGGCAGUUGGAUGUUGGCAAAAGACUGCUGGCAAGAAUUUGGAAGCAUUCCUUGAUUGACAAUUGUGUUAAAAGAAAAAGUUUCUUUCCCUGACAUCCCUUGAAAAACCUUGAGAAUGUCACUCACAACUGUUUCACCAUGUGUCCAUGUCUUAGCAAAGAUUUUAUUUAGGGAAGGUAUGUUUUUAUCAGAAGGGAGGGGGGCUGGGUGGUUUGCAGUAAACUCUUUUAAAACAAUUGUAGGACUCCCUCUAUCUUUCCUUAAGAAAUUCAUGAUCUUCCCAUUAAGUCAACAUACAAAAGCUUUAAUCAAAAUAAAAAGGUUUGACGCACCAAAAUAUUGAUGACACCACCCCCCUGAAGUCCCAGCACUCAGCGAAUAAAAAAAUGUACCUUCCCUCAAUCAAUUWGAGCGUGUGUGUGAGGAAACUGCUUUGCUUUACAUCACUCAACUUGAACAUUAACAGUGGGUUAUUAAGAGUUAAAGUAAUUAAUGAAGAAUAAAAUUCUUCAUUCUAGCUAAUUUUCUUGUCAUAAAUCGGAGUCUUUCAAAAGACAUGUUUAGCAAGAUUCCUCCUAUGAGACAUAGAUUAACUUAAACAUAUUUUAGUAUUAUUACUAAGGGCUAAUGAUGUAAUUAAUAUUAUUCUUUGCUGGUCACAUGACCAUUACCAGAAAUUGUUAAUUUUUAAUUUUGUAGAUUUUUAGCCCAAAUGAGAGGCUUGUUUAGUUUUGUGCAAGCCUGGUUUUAAUAAACAAUUUUAAACAAAGCAACA